AUGGCUCCCCGGAAGACUUUCAUCGCUGGUGUCGGCAUGACGGCGUUCAUGAAGCCCCGAAAACUCAUCGACUAUCCCGAACUGGCCGUCGAAGCUGCGUGAGUAGGCCACGGAUCAGACCCCGCCCCCGCUUUGGGCCCGGCCAAGGGACUGCUUGCCGAGGCGCGGAUUGUCUUGCUGACCGACUCUCCAUUUGUUGCGCUUCAGUACCAAGGCUCUCCUCGACGCCGGAAUCAAUUACGACGAGGUGGAACAAGCCUAUGCUGGAUACGUCUAUGGCGUGAGUCUCUCUUCGCCAGUGGCCACCCGGAGUAAAUUGCACACGCUGCAGGCCGAGACCCUGCCCCUCCCCGCACCAAAAAUUGCUUCGCUACAGAGUCUGAUCGGGCUCCCUUUACUCCCACACAAGGAUUCGACUUGCGGUCAACGUGCCCUUUAUGCUCUUGGUAUGACGGCAAUUCCUAUCGUCAACGUUAACAAUAAUUGCUCGACGGGUUCUUCAGCACUCUUCCUCGCCCGUCAAAUGGUCGAGGCCGGCGUCGCCGAUUGCAUCAUGGCGAUCGGCUUCGAGAAGAUGGCCCCUGGCUCGUUGACCACCACCUUCAGUGAUCGUGCACCCCCUCUCGAAAAGACGAUCGAGUUGAUGAACGACGUCGUCGGCGUCGGAUCAGGACCCUUUGCUGCUCAGAUCUUCGGCAACGGUGCCGAGGAGUACUGCCAAAAGUAUGGCUCGACAUGGAGAGACGUGGCCAGCAUCGCAGCCAAGAACCAUAAACACUCCGCAGUGAACCCGUACUCGCAGUUCCGCAACGUCAUGACCACCGACGAGGUUUAUAACGACAAGAAGAUCACUGGCAACGUGAGUCCUUGGUGCCUGAUGUUCAUCCGCUGCCGAAGCGGAGGUCUGAGCCUCACUCUGUCAAUAUAUAUUGAGUACAGAUGACGCGUGGUAUGUGCUGCCCCACUUCAGACGGUGCGGCUUGCGCGAUCGUCGUCUCCGAGGACUUCGUCAAGAAGCACAACCUGCAGAAUCAAGCAAUCGAGAUGGUCGCUCAAGCUAUGACGACCGACAGCCCUCGUCUCUUCGAUGACCGCUCCUCGAUCGAGCUGACCGGCGCCGACAUGACCCGUAUUGCGGCGCAGAAGUGCUACAAGCAAGCCGGUAUCAAGGCCGAUGACCUCUCCAUCAUCGAACUGCACGACUGUUUCGCCGCGAACGAGUUGCUCGUCUACGACGCGCUGCAGUUGACCGCCCCCGGUAAAGCUCACGAACUGGCUCGUUCGGGCGAUAACACCUAUGGCGGCAAGUUCGUCAUUAAUCCCUCCGGUGGUCUCGAAUCCAAGGGACAUCCCCUUGGCGCGACUGGGUUGGGUAUGGCUUUCUACCUCGUCAAUCAGCUCCGUGGAUGGGCGGGACCGAUGCAAGAUCCUCGCUGUGUACCCGGAGCUGCGGAAAAGAAAGGCAAGGAAUGCUAUGCUCUCGCUCACAACCUGGGUCUCGGUGAGUUUGAUUUCCUCGGCUGCAAGAGAGUUCAGAUCGUGCGUAUUAAUUUCUCGUCAUCCUGGACGAUCAGGUGGCGCGUGUGUGGUCACCAUCUUCAAGCGACCCGGCUUCUACAAGGAAGGGGGCGCUGACGGUCGAGCGCGCCUCGGCUACAACCACGCCGCGGAGGUAAGCACCGAUCCCCCGCAACACAUACGACGAGUUGGGCAGGUGGCUCACCCGCCGCAACACUUCGCAGUGCAAGUCCAUCACCCAAGCGGACGUCGACAAGGUCAAGUCGAGGAAGCAGUACUCCAAGUUUGCCGAUGUGAACUUGGCCGAGGCUUGA